GCUGUUUUUCGGGUCUCACUGACCAGGCGAUCGCUUCUCUCAGACCUCCAGCCGAUUGAUUGUAGCUGCCGGGGCUCGGCUGGGUCUCUUGUGCCGGAGCCUGCAAUCCCGUCCUUUACCCUUCCAGAGCCACUAUACAGCUCGCCUCCCUCUGACGAACCGAGAGUCUUGCAGCUAUCUGUGCUCCACGCGGAAAUGUCGAAAUCUAAGGAUAGCAGCUCCUCCGGGGGCUUCCACCAGGAAUAUAUCGCGUCUCUGCGCUAUCGAAAUGACCUUCCGCCUCCGGAUAUGCCCCCGAAGUUUCUCGAUAUCCCACACGAAGGCUUGGAGCGCUUCCUCACCCCCGGCUUUGCAUCCAAUCUUGCCCGCCGCGAGGAACCGAAUAUUGAUGUCGAUGCGGAGGGUGGUAUGCCGAUUGACCUGGUCGGUAUUCCGGGGCUUCACCUGGGCGAUGAAAGUGCGAUUAUGGCUCCUGAGAACCCAGAGCCCAUUGAUCCCGCUGACAUGGCGCUGCUCAUGACCCCGGAGCAGCUGAGGAACCCGGCACCAAAGAAUGCCAAUGUCAGUUUCCUUCGUCGUACACAGUACAUUUCCGCCGGUCUUCGCGCGCCGGAUAGUCCCAAGGUCACCCCCAUCCGAUCGAAACGUGGCCUUGACAAAACCAAGUCGCAAGAUGAUCCCACCUACGUCAAGAAGUACCUUCAGAAGGGUUUCGACAUCGCGUAUCCCAACAGCAGACAUGUCGGUGAGGAUACGGCGAGCAAGAUCAAAGGCCACACUCCUACUAAGCUUGAACACGAUGCAUGGGCUCACCCAGUGCAUCCGGAUAACCCCAAGUUGAAGCCCGUUGGAUUCUAUCCCCUCCUCCCCGAUCUGGCAGGAUUCCCGGAUCCCGGUGGUUUCGUGCAAUUCAAGUUCGACAAGGCGCCUGUGCAGGAUGUUUCUGGAAGAAGGGACAAACGCAUGGAUGUUGCGGUCUUACUUCCGUCGGCGCCAGAGGAGCGCAUUUGUCAAGAGCACGCGACGAAGACCGCCUUGCAUAAGACCAACCCCAACUUGUACCCUGACCCGGGCCCGAUCCCGUGGGAUUACGAUCUCUUCUUGCCUGAGAAGAAGGAAGCGGCCAAGAAUGUCUCGGCGAGUCUGCGCAUCACGAACCCCGACCGCGACAAUGAAGAGUUGUAUACGCAUGAGGGAGCCGACAAUGCCAAGUUCCAUCGUUUCGACCGUCUCCGCACGUAUGCGACUAGCGCUCAGACUUUGGGCAAUGACCAGAAGCAAAAGGAUGUCGCGUUGACCCUUUUUGACCCUUCGGAACUGAAGGAAGGACGGCAAGGUGGCCUAGCCUCGAAACAGAAGGCCGCCUACUACUACCCCAUCCUCGGAAAGACGCGUCUCAAGCCGGAGAGAGCCCGGACCAUCGCCCAGGCGGGCCUGGCGCCCACACGUCCAAAGACCAAGGAGGACCAGGUCGACCAGAUUCAAGUGGUGGUCCGCGACCCUGAUGAAGCCGAAGUCUACAAGCGUUCUCUGCAUCGGGCUGCUAUUGACCCGAAGUUCGCCGAGACGAUGCCCCCACCCCCUGAAGAGCCUGAAGCCACCAGGGACGACGAUGAAGGUGAACACGGGGCUGACCGUCAGCCUUCGCCGGAGGACGCAGACGACGAUGCGGACAAUAUGAGUGACGAGUGAUGUUGCAUCAUAUGGAGCUACGACGGCAGCAGACAUGCUCCUCCAUCUUUCCCUGAGUGUACUUUUCUUGUGCAUUGCACUUUACAUACCCUUUCAUAUCUCAUUAUACUGAUAUUCUUUGGUGUUCACCUUGCAUGGCUGUCGCCGCGGAGUCCGAGCUACUAGCCGUGUUGUGGUCUGGCUGGUAUAGGAGUCACGGCAGCAAAAGGCGUUGUGUGGCAUGAUGACUUGGAGUUACGUAGCGAGAGUUUGGUUUUUCCCUUGCAGGAUGUUCAGCAGGCUGCCAUUGGCGAUUCAUGUACAUCCAUAAAUUACUAGUCAACCAUAUUAUCCUGCACG